AUGAAUACAUCAACACUACCGAAACAUUCAACGGCAACAUCAUCAAAUGGAUCACCAACACCGACAACGAUAACGAACAGCAACAACAGCACUACCAAUGCCACCAAUAAUUUAUCCACAUCAACAGCAACAAGCACAGUCCUUUAUUCAGGGCUGUUGUACAUACCUGUAGUGGGAAAUAAUGGAAGAAGACCAUCACAAACAUCAAAUCUUCUCUAUAAGGAAUAUUAUUCGGAAUUAUAUGCUCAAGUUUCGAGUGGUAAUAACUCUUCAAAAUCUAUUUCACUCAGCUCCCUUGGAGCAAUGUUUGCUUACUAUACAGGAACACUUUCAUCGUCUUCAGCUCCACAAGUGCAACACUAUUUAAAUUUGUUUGAAAAAGCUCCACAACAGUAUAUUGACAGUUUGGGAGGUUCAUUAGAUCCGACACAAGAGAUGGACAGUAGUACGACUAAUGGUGCGUCCUCUGUAUUAGCUUCUAAUGCAACUCGACCACUCUCCGUUAACGGAAGCAGCAGCUCGAAUCAACCUUCAAACUCCAACGAUGGAGAUCUUGGCACAAUUUCAUCAACCACAACCAAUAAUCCUAAAUUCCUCAUGAACCCAUCUUCUCUUUCCUCCCCAAAUAUCUCUUCCAGUUUGAAAUCCUCUGUACAGUCAUCAUCCCAAAAAUCAUUUAUGAAAAAGUCCUCUCUUCCAAUACUUUCUGAAACCAUGAAACCUUCCAUACAAAUUCCGCUGAAUAACGUUUCUGUUCGACUUGACCCAAUGGAAGGAUACUUUUACUAUUUUGAAGUAAUAUCACCAACUGUUAUUUAUAAAUUCUUUUGCAGAUCGGAUCAUGAAAUGCGAAGAUGGACUGAGUUAAUUGAAAAAGUAUCUCCCAUAUGCAAAGAAAAUGCAUUGAUUGAAGAAGCUGAACGAAAAAUUGUGGAAUUAGAGCGAUCUUGUAAUACUAAAAAGCAGCUCACUCACAACAAUGAAAUUAAGCACUACAGAAUGAAAUAUUAUCACCAUAUUCUUCCUUCAAGUUCGAAUGUAAAUGCUCCUCUUCCUUCAAGCUCAUCAGGAAUGCUUGUCAACAACAACAUUCAGAGAAGAACAACACCUAACAUCACUGGAAAUGACUCUGAAACAAUCAAUUCUAAUAGAUAA